CAAGUUUAACCAGAUGUGCAGCUGACUCACUCACAACUGACUGACAGUCUGAAUUAGAGUCAGUCGACGUGUUACACGUAAACUAUGUACCUCUCUUGUGUGUUUGUAGCAGCCUUGGGGGUGGCCUUGGGCGACCCUUCGGUACCAACUUCUACCAAGGUGCCGCCGUACGACAUGGCGUGUAUCAUGGGUGAACCAACGGUGUCAUGCAGGAGCAGGUGCGGUGUUACCUCCUGGGUGCCCUAUUGUGUGGGGGACCAUUGUCUCUGCCGAGCUCCGAUACAGGAGUCCCACAACGAACUGCACAAGGAACCCGUAGACCCACCCACCACGGAAACACCACCUUCACCAACUGACUAUGAAUCCCAAGAAAGUGGAGAGCAUGACAGAGAACAUCACGUAUGGUUCUUGUUUGUGAACCUUGGUCGAUACUUUGGAUACAACAGGAAUGAGACCGCUAACUCUACAACUGUCCCAGACACCACCUCAACUCCCUUGCUGUCCAGUUCUGCUGACGUCACGGUUGCCCGUGUGAAUACACCUCAUGACACAAUAAUUAAUUUCCAGCAUGUCUUGGGAUUCCUUAUUGUCCUUCUUCUAUGUUUCCUGAUCCUGCUGGAAGUGUUUUCCUUUUAUAGGAAGCGCAAGGAUAGAAAAAAUAUUGACAACCUUUUCAAAAACGUCCCAGUUCCAAAUAAGUAGAUAAACCUAAAUACAUUACAUUGUGAAAAAAAUAAUUUUGAGAAUUAAAAAUUAUUCAU